AUGGAACCACAACAUUAUCAACAGCAGCAGCAGCAGCAGCAGUUGCUGCAGGAGGAUGGCAACAUCGGCAGCUGUUCGAGUGGGGGUGGAGGGAGCAAAGCCAGCUUUCUCUGCCGGCAGUCCAGUACGAGGUGGAUCCCUACAAGCGAUCAGAUCAGGAUACUGAGGGACCUCUACUACAACAAUGGCCUACGGUCCCCGAACGCGGAGCAGAUCCAGAGGAUCUCAGCCAGGCUCCGGCAGUACGGCAAGAUCGAAGGGAAGAACGUCUUUUACUGGUUCCAGAACCACAAGGCCCGGGAGAGACAGAAGAAGAGGCUCACCGUGGACAUCACCGCAACCACCACCAGCAGCAGCAACAAGAGUUCCGCUGUCGUCUCUCCUGGUACCGUAAACAAAAGAACAUUCUUUUCCUUCACGUUCGGGCUUUCUUGA